UGGGGCGGUGAGCGGUUGGUGCCGGUGGUGGGGAGAGGAGGAUGCUGGAGAUGGCGGCGGCGGUGGGAAUGCGCCUGUAGCCCUGCUGCUCUGUGCCUCGCCUCGGGCCGCGACUGAGCGAGGAGCUCCUGUGAGGAAGCAGGGCUGCCGCCCCGGGGCGGCUCGGACUGCGCCGUGCCAGGCAGCUGUCGCCUCCCGCCCAAUAAAGAAGAAUGUCCUUGUUUAAAGCUAGAGACUGGUGGUCCACCAUACUUGGAGAAAAGGAAGAAUUUGACCAAGGCUGUCUGUGUGUUGCUGAUGUUGAUAAUAGUGGCAGUGGACAAGAUAAAAUUAUUGUGGGCAGUUAUAACGGAUAUCUCCGAAUCUUUAAUCCACAUCCUGUGAAACCUGGAGAUGAAGUACAGCCUGAAGACUUGCUCUUGGAAGUGCAGUUGCGAGAACCAAUAUUGCAGGUGGAAGUGGGAAAGUUUGUUUCUGGUACUGAAGGACUUCAUCUGGCUGUGUUGCAUUGCCGAAAACUCUCUGUGUAUGCUGUUUCAGGAACUCAGGGGAAUGUGGAGCAUGGGAACCAGUAUCAGAUUAAACUGAUGUAUGAGCACAACCUUCAGAGAACUGCUUGUAAUAUGACUUAUGGCCCAUUUGGUGGUGUAAAAGGUCGAGAUUUGAUCUGCAUACAGUCCAUGGAUGGAAUGCUCAUGUUGUUUGAACAAGAAAGUUACGCUUUUGGCCGGUUUUUACCUGGUUUUCUUCUGCCUGGUCCUUUGGCUUACAGCUCUCGCACAGACUCUUUCAUCACAGUGUCUUCUUGUCAGCAGGUUGAGAGUUACAAAUACCAAGUGCUGGCAUUUGCGACAGAUGCUGAUGAAAGACACGACACAGAACAGCGAAAACUCAGUUCUGGAAAAAGGCUUGUGGUGGAUUGGGUUUUAAACAUUGGAGAGCAAGCACUGGGUAUAUGCGUCGUCUCAUUUAAUCAGGGAGUUUCUUCUGUUUUUGUGCUUGGUGAGAGAAACUUCUUUUGCCUAAAGGAUAACGGGCAAAUACGAUUCAUGAAGAAGCUUGAUUACAGCCCGAGUUGCUUCAUUCCUUACUGUUCAGUGCGAGAAGGAACAAUAAACACUUUAAUUGCAAACCACAAUAAAAUAUUGAAUGUUUAUCAAGAUGUUACAUUGAAAUGGGCCACUCAACUUCCCUGCAUUCCUGUGUCAGUAAAAGUAGCAAAUUUUCAAGACUUGAAGGGUGUUAUAGUUACUCUGAGUGAUGAUGGGCAUCUUCAGUGUUCAUACCUUGGAACUGAUCCUUCACUCUUCCAGGCUCCUAAGGUUGAUUCUAGGGAAAUAAACUAUGAAGAAAUGAAUGCUGAAAUGAAAGAGCUUCAGAAAAUCAUCAGGGAGGCCUCAAAAACACAAGAUAUUUUGCCUGAAUCUGAAAAACAGAGAGAUGUAACUGUCACAGCAGAAGUUUCACCUGAUUUGGAUGAAGAAUCUCAAGCCAUUGACAGUGAGGUAAAAGCAGGGGUAGUGCCAUCAGUCACAGUAAAGAUAACAAUCCAGAGCAGAGUGACAGCACAGAAGCCAAGCCUGGCCGUGUGUGUGCAAGCUCCAUUAGCGGUGACCUGUGACCAGUUUGUCUUCAAUGAUUUAGAACCAGAUUCAUCUGAAACUGUGAUCCUGUCUGUCUUUUUGAAGGAGAAUUGUUCUCCACCAGAACUAGAAGGAACUUGUAUGGUUUCAUAUAAUAUACCAACAGAGCUCAAUCCUGAAGGAAUACCAAGAGUUUCACAGUGUAACUUCAGUCUGCCUUUGAAGUUAGUUUGCUUUCCAGCUCAACCUUCAAAGGCAGCAAACCACAAGCUAACUAUUGAUACCAACAAACCUCCCAUCAGUUUUGUCACCAUUUUUCCAGACUUUGUUGAUCCGUCUGAGGGUGACCAAGCAAAUGCUCUGGGAUUUCAGUUUUUAACUGGUUCAAAAACCACUCUUCUUGCUUCAAAAACAUCCCAACGAUACAGGAUUCAGAGUGAUCAGUUGGAAGACCUUUGGCUGGUAACAAAAGAGCUCAUACGCCGACUAGAAGAGCAUUUCAAGAAGAAAAGCUGCAAGGAUUUUGCAUGUUCCUUUUCUGGUUCAAUUCCCCUGCAAGAAUAUUUUGAACUGAUUGAUCGACAUUUUGAGCUACGUUUGAAUGCUGAGAAGUAUCAGGAGCUGUUAUCUGAAAGGGCUGUACAGUUUCGAGCUAUUGAGCGGCGACUCCUGACACGAUUCAAAGACAAAACUCCAGCUCCUCUUCAACAUCUGGACACCUUGCUAGAAGGAACAUUCAGAGAGGUAAUAGCUCUAGCAGAUGCAGCAGAAGAAAAUCAAGCCAACAUGUUCCAGGCAUUUGCAAAGUUGAAAAGUGCCACCCAUCUGGUGAUUAUGCUGAUUAGUUUGUGGCAGAAGCUCAGCACUGAUCAAAUUGCUAUUUUGGAAGCUACGUUUUUGCCAUUAGCAGAAGAUACACAAGAGCUGGGUUGGGAAGAAACUGUGGAUGCUGCAGUCUCUUACUUAUUAAAAACUUGUUUGUCAAAGAGCUCCAAGGAGCAGGCCCUGACUCUCAGCAGCCAAUUGUCCAUGCCCAAAGAUACCAGCAGACUGAAGAAAAACAUCACCCUCUUCUGUGAUAGAUUGGCCAAAGGUGGUCGCCUUUCAUUAAGUACAGACCCAGCCACUCAGCAAGCUGCUGUCAUGCCAGGUGGCUGUGCUACAAUCCCAGAGUCUGAUCUAGAGGAAAGGACUGUUAUACCAGGCUCCACAGCAGUGUUUGCUGGGCAGGGGCAGAGCACAAAGCAGAAAUCCAAGCCUGGACUGGUCAAGAGUCUGCAGUUAAAGGUGAACACAGGUUCUCGUAGCUGGAGCAAUGCUGAGAGAUUUUCACAACUGCUUUUCUGUCUGUCUGAGGAUGCAGCAGAGGAAACAAAAAGCCACGAACUCUGAUGACAACCCUCAGGAGAAAUUUUUAUCUGAUGCCAGAUGUGUUUAUAAUGCAGCAGUACCAAUCCAUUUUACUCUGUAGUGACUGCAGCUUCCAGAAGGAGAGGACUGUGCUAAUUUAUAUAAAAACAAAAAAGUUCCACUCUAAUAAUUUGGUUGGGUCUCCCUGCCAACUGCUAUCAUCCUUUCUGUGAGCAAAGUUUAAGCACUUACCCAACUGUGGUAGGGGUGUUGUGUUUUACGAUAUAUCAUCCCCUUCUAAGGAUUCAGUUGAUUGAUCAAAGACUGUUUAUACAUAGUUAAAAGCAAACUUUGUUUCAUUAUGUGUUUUGUCUUUUUAAAAGAUAUUCUGAACUGCACCUCCCUUUGAGAUUAUAUUAACAUUUGUUAUAUCACAGUUUUGACAAAAGAUAAUUAUCUCGUUUCCUCCUGUACUAACAUUCAUGAUUCCAGACAGCUGAAUUCACCACCAGGAGAAAAACUGGUAAUCCAUCAACUCUUUUCCCCCCUCUCUCAUUGCUUAUACAGACUCCUGUUCUCUAGAGAUAUAAAGUAAAAUAUGGUUACUGGACAUAAAGGGCAAACCCUUUUGCCAUUAACUAUGCCACUAUGAAUGGGAGUAAAGUUUACACUGUAAGUACCUUGAGCACAGCAACACAUGGAUCUUUUUAUGGUUACCUGUGAUUUCUGCUUUUCUUGUCAACCAGUCUACUCUAGUUAUGGGUAAGACUUUCAAAAGUAACUACCAAUUUUUGAGUGCCUUAAUUUUUAUUAAUCCAGUUGGAGGGUGCUUUGAGUGUUGUGCGUUUUGGAAGUUCUGAGUAUUCGCCUUCUGAAGGUCAGGCUCAUGCAAGGUGCCUGAAAUACAACACCCAACAACUGAGGCAAACUUUGAGAGAACCUUGGCCUAGAGUUUGGAAGAGUCAGGCUGAUGUCUGGAUUUCUGAGAGUGAGUUAUUACUAAAAUACACUUGGAACUGAAAAUAACUGAGACCAGGAUCAAGUGUAUAAGCAGGCAUUUGAACUACUGUUGCUAGUUCAUACCAAAAUAUAAAUUGCAGUCUCUUGGAUGGCAGAUAGAGAAUGCACUGAUAGGUGCAGUUUAGUUUGUGGUAGAUGCAAGUACAUGAGCCAUCUCCACAUCCCUCACUCCUGUUGAUUUCUUCAAUAAGGAUUCACUAGCUCCUGUUCUAGCUGUAGUAAAGGCUCCUCCAACUCACUUUUGUGUUGUUUCAAAAGAGGUUGUAACAGUUUCUGUGGUCAAUGCUGGCUUGAUCUGUGGCUAAUAAGGAAACAUUAUUUUUCAGAAUGUCUUAAGCCAUCAACCUUCAUCAUCUCCAUGUCUACUUUCAAUUUCUUUACAUCCACCCACCCCUAAAACAAAACCAGCUUUGCAGCUCUUGUGCAUCUGCUGCUUAACCCUCUGGCCCUAUUCUGGCUCAGUACAUGGUAUAACUGUUUCAAGAAGCCUUUUUCAACAUGUUAGCUAUUAAAUAGCUCAGUAGCCAAGGAACUGGGUAAGGCCUCUGAUACCUCUAGGGCUGAAGUGAGCUGUAACUCCCAACAAAAUGACUCUGGCCCCCAGGAGACCUUAGAUUUAUCUAUAAGUUGUGGGGCCAGAAAUCUUGCUUCUUUCCCAGGAAGGAAAAAAUCCUACCCCCUGCUUGUUAUGGAGUGAUUCUGCUCUCUGAGUUUUCUUCACUCUGAUCCCUCCCCCGUGGUGUUUUGUCAGGAGGGUGGUAUCCAACCCAUUGUCAAGGUACCCUGCUGCGCUGUGAAAAUUACACAAUAAAAUAAUCUCCUGUAGUCUCUGUACACACCUCAGUGACCAAAAAAGUCCAUGGAGAACUAAUCAAUUACUGUAGCUAUUAGGCUUAACUGUUAACUAUAGAUCUCAAAUCUUCUUUUGUCCUCUUGUCAGUGGCUACUAGGGAAUCUUGAAAAAUCAACCACAGUUAGUACAGAAAGCUCAUACCAUAAUGGUGUAGAAUCCUGGACCAAAGAAUCCUAAAUUAUAGGCAUAUAAUAUAGCUGGAAAGUUCACUGCUAUGAGACUUCUGUGAAAUAUAUUACUCUGUCAUGAUUCCCAUUAUUGAAUGUGAUCCCAGUGCUCAGAGCUCCCUGGCUUCAUUGGGACUUUAGGGUAAAUGACAAGUAGGCACUCAGGUCAAUUAUAUCAUCCACUCUUAUUUAAGUUAUUUUCUGUCAUUUUGAGAUGAAAUGCUCAGAAGCACUCUUAUUUGCCUUUUCUGCUCCAUGCUUUGCAAAAUAAGGUCUCAUGAGGAUAGUUUUACAAAAGGAGAAAAUAUGCUGGCAAUAAAGGGGAGGGAGGAAAGGAAGAAAAAGGUAGAACUGUCUGUAGUAGUAAAGUAUGACCUCUUUGUAUAUUGUUCUAAAUUGCAGUAUUUGAUAGUAUCAUCAAGAUUUAAAAGUUGCAUUGAAUAAAAAUUACUUACUUUCCCCCAAUGCCAAAUAGUCCAUCUAAUUCAGAGGAAGGAAGUAAUUGAAAUGUAGUCAUUUAUGCAGCAGCCUAAGAGGAAAUAUUGUAAAGUAAUUCUUAGCAGUUCUCAAAUGUAAUUUGAAUUUUUAAGAAAGUUCUUUUUGGCUGGGAAAAAAUCAGGCCAAGUACAGGAAGUUUGGAAGCUAGAGAGGUGUAAGGAAUGUAAGGAAACAUUGCUAGUUUGGGGGGAUCAUAUGUUUGGUUCUCAUCAGCGAUGUUUCUGAAGCUGGGAGAGGCACUGGUGACCAGUCAAACUGUUUUGAACAGGAUGUUAUAGUAAUUCAUGCUCAGCUCUUCUGGUCAACUUAAAUAUGCAGCCCAUCUGCAUGUUUAUCUAUUUGAAUAGGAUUUUAUAUGGUUAAGUGGGCUCAAAGACUAAAAUUAAUUUUAAAUUACAAUUUUAUUGAAAUAAAUCUAAAAGGAAUUUUGUGACAUUUUGAAAAUAAUGCUGUGAUUCAUGACAUCUUUAUUAUCUAGAACUUUGAAACACAUUUUCUAAAACAAGUUCUAACAUAAAGCAUAUAUUUUUCUGUUAAACAGGUAAAUACUUCUAAAGUUUAUUUUCUUAGUAGAAGUUUAUUUUCAGAAUGUUAUUGUCCAAUGGCUUUUGUUUUGUUUUUCUGCCAUUGCAUUUUAGAAAAACAGAUUAAAACAAUUACUACUCUGAUGACCAAAAUCUGGAGGUCUGGAUGCUGCUCAUCUUUUGGGCUUUGUACACAAUGCUGAGUUCAAACUAAGACUGUGGUUUCCAGCCCCAGAUUCAUUCUUCUGUCCAACUAUUAUUCAACUGUGACACAGAAAAACAACAUUUCUCUGCUUUCAAGGGGUUGGGCUUUGCUUCAUAAUGUCUUGUUAUUUUCUCUUCUUCAGCAUUUACUGUACAGAGAGAAUUAGAGAUAAAUUUCAAUAUUCUUGUAUUGCUUAUAAAGAGUAAUUUACUGCCAUAAACUGAAAUUUGUUGAGCAGAGAUUGUAUUUCUAGGUGAAGUUCUUCCAGCAUUGGAAAAAAAAAAAUAAAAUUACAGGGUAUGAAUCAUA